AUGCUGGGUGUAAGACUAAGUGAUAGAGUAAAAAAUAUAGAGAUCCGGAAACAAACCAACUUAAUAGAUGCUGCCGAAAUGUACUGCAAACUCAAAUGGAAAUGGGCAGGACACAUAACAAGAGUAAAUGACGGAAGAUGGAGUGAACGCGUACUUCAUUGGUAUCCCAGAGACGGCCGAAGGAACAAAGGUCAUCCCGUUAUGAGAUGGAGAGAUGAGAUACAUGACAUGGCCGGCAACACCUGGACAAGGGACGCUCAGAACCGACACAGAUGGCAAAAUAUGGAGGAGGCCUUUACCCAUAACCGGGUACCCAACUAA